CAGGUUUGGAUGCAGUAACCAAGUGCGCCCGAAAGAUGGUGCUCAUGUCGCCUCGUUCAUCCGCCGAAAAAGACGAAGAAGAAAAACCCGGAAGUUAGCAACACACCGCUAAUUGAGACGCCGCUUAAUUUCGAAAAUGGCGAGUCAACAAGAGUCCCGUGACGUCAAAGAGGAAGAGGAGGAGCUCUGCAUCAGCCAGGACGGGCGCCAGUUUCGAGGGCUGGAGUUAGAAUCUGACGGCAGCAAAUUUCCUUUGAAAAUUGUACUUGUGAAGUGUGAGGAUGAUGCCGAUGAAGCUCCGUCCUCGGUGCUUCAUCGCGGUCAAAGCGGGGCGGAGCCUCCGACAGACGCCGGCGGAGGAUCGCGACGAAACGGCAUCGAAACGGCGCCGCUAUCAGACGCGGACGACACCAGGUCACUGUCCUCGGAGAGCGAGCACAUCGACGACGCCAAAGAGCCCUCGGAGUCUAAACGUCGCCCCGCCGGCAGAAGCUUCACCUGCUCCGAAUGCGCUCAGUCGUUCGGCGACAAGGGGAUUUUGAACCGCCACAUGAAGUGUCACACCGGAGAGAAACCAUUCCCUUGCUCCGUUUGCAGUAAAACCUUCAGCCGCAGGGACUGCUUACUCUCGCACAUGAGGUGUCACACCAAAGAGAAACCUUUCAACUGCUCGCUCUGCGGCCAGACGUUCCGUCACCGGCAAAACUUGCUCUCUCACCUCAGAUGCCACAUCGGAGAGAAACCUUUCAUCUGCGCCGUUUGCGGCGGAACCUUCUCCACCAAAGCGCACCUGAAAAGACACGCCAGGACGCACACAGGAGAGAAACCUUUCGUUUGCUCCGUGUGCGGUAAGAACUUCUCCACAAAGGGAAACGUCAUGUUGCAUAUGAGGACGCACACGGGCGAGAAGCCUUUUUCCUGCGCCAUUUGCGGCGGAACGUUUUCGACAAAGACGCAUUUAACGAGGCACGCCAGGACGCACACCGGAGAGAAACCUUAUACUUGUUCUGUUUGCCAUCAAAGAUUUUCCCUGAAGGAAAAUAUGAUGACACACUUAAAAAAACAUAGCAGGGAGCGUCGUUUUCCCUGCUCAGCCUGCCCGGAAACAUUCCCAAAUAAGAAAGAAAUGAUUGUGCAUAAGAGAACACAUGCCGGGGAGAAAGCCUUCUCCUGCUCCGUGUGCGCAAAGAACUUCUCCAGUAAAGGCAACAUGAUGACGCACAUGAGAGCGCACAGCGGAGAGAAACCUUUCACCUGCUCGCUUUGCCACCAACGCUUCGCUAUCAAGGGGGACAUGAUGAGACACAUGAGAACGCACACUGGGGAGAAACCCUUCAGCUGCGCGGCGUGCCACAAACGAUUCACUCGAAAGUCCCACGUCGGCAAACAUAAAUGUGUCGCCGCCGACAACAGGAAGGAAGCAGCGGGACUUGGCGUGGACAAACAUCAGUGAAAAUGUUGUGUUGCUGCUGGAUGUUCACGGUGUCCGAGUGAUACUGUCGCGGGGGUGCUGGAGCCUAUCCCAGCUGUAUUCAGGCAAGAGAGGCGGGGUACACCCUGGACUGGUCGCCAGCCAGCCAAUCACAGGGCACAUAUAGACAAACAACCAUUCACACUCACAUUCAUACCUAUGGACAAUUUGGAGUGGCUAAUUAACCUAGCAUGUUUUUGGAAUGUGGGAGGAAAACCGGAGUACCCGGAGAAAACCCACGCAUGCACGGGAUGGGAGAACAUGCAAACUCCACACAGAGAUGGUCGAGAGUGGAAUCGAAUCGGGUCUGUAUGCUAACCACUCAUCCACCGUGCAGCGUUUGGAGCUGUUAAUACAUCCAAAUACUCUCCUGUCAUUUAUUUUUUGUCCAUUAAACACAGUAACAAUGGGCAUAUUUCAGACAUAGUUUCCUAUGGUGAUUAAUCACGAUUAAUUCAUUAAAACAGAUUAAUCUGAUUCAAAAUUGUAAUCAUUUGGCAGCCCUAGUUAUAAUUUAUCCAAAGGUCAUAAUGAAGGUCAAAUAUUCAGCAUACGUGCACCGUUUUUUUUUGUCGAGUAUUGAGAUUUGGUACUUUCUUCAGUGGUCCCUGAAUGCACCAUAUUUGUGACGAGCCAAACCGUGUGUGUGUUUUCAUCGAUUUAUUGACACACUUCUCCCAUAUUGCUGUGUUGGAAUGAAUCGAAUCUGUUUCGGGGCUGCCGCCACUCAGGUGCGUUCAAGGACUGCUGAACAUAGUUUGAAAUCUCAACGCCAAUUGAAAAAAUGUUUUCACUGAGGCAAAAUACAAUUUAAAAAAUGGCACACGAAUGCUGUGUAUUCUACCCUUAUCACAAACGAUAAAUGAUAAAUUACAAGUUUUUUCAGCAGAAAAAAGAGCUUAUUUUGAGGAAAAGGUGAAUUUUUGGGACCAAAAUAACAGAAAUUUGUGAGGCUGUGAAUGCUUAAUGUUGCUUUAAAUAUAUAACAUAAUAUAUAACACAAUAUGUCCUCCAUGAUGCCGUCUUUGUCAGAUAUUCACACACUAACGACUUUUGUUUGCGUGUUGACUCUUUUCCACUGGAUGGUAAAUCUAUACUAUCUAGAUCUAUACUCUAUCCAGGCUCUACACUAUAUGAUUUUUUUAUGAUCGUAUUGUCCCAUGACAAGUUGGAAUAAAAU